AUGUCACCUCGAUUGGUGAUGAAGCGUUUGCAACCAAAUUGCCCAGCUCAGCAAACAAGCCAACGACCAAGUUGGAGGACUGUUCCACAGCUUACGGUGUGGGAGGAUGAAGAUAUAUCAGUGUGGGAUUGUAUCACGAAUAGCCAAUCGAGUUUUUGUAACUGUCGGAGUGAAAUAGGCUCGGUUUUGUAUUCCAUUUUCCCGUCUUCCGGUGAUCGAAACUGUGGCGGCAACCUGCUACUCACUCAACCUACCUACCCACUCAACCCUGCACUUACGAUGUCACCUCGAUUGGUGAUAAACGUUUGCGUCACCUCGAUUGGUGAUGAAACGUUUGCAAUCCAACUGUCAAGCUCGGCGAACAGACCAACAACCAAGCAA